CAGAAUUUUGAUUCCAAAAAAUUAGGACAUAUUUCGGAGCUGUAUUUGGCCCUCUUCAGCAACAAUUUAUUUUUUUCUUCUCAAAAUUACUUUUGUCUGAAGCUAGUAGAUUUUUUUAUAUUAUGUUUCCCUAUUCCUAGCAACGAAAUAGAGCAUUUGGAUUUCAGUUUGCAUUUGCCUUUUAUUCUCUGUUUAGGACGUGGAGGAAGUGCUGGGAACAAGUUCUGGAUGUCACUGGGUCUUCCAGUGGCAGCAACUAUGAAUUGUGCAGACAACACUGGGGCCAAGAACCUUUACAUUAUCUCUGUGAAGGGUAUCAAGGGUCGCCUCAACCGCCUGCCGUCAGCAUGUGUUGGCGACAUGGUUAUGGCAACUGUCAAGAAAGGGAAGCCUGAUCUCCGAAAGAAGGUCUUGCCCGCUGUUAUUGUGAGGCAGUGCAAGCCGUGGCGCCGAAAGGAUGGUGUUUUUAUGUACUUCGAAGAUAAUGCUGGUGUUAUCGUCAACCCCAAGGGCGAAAUGAAAGGUACAGUCAUCAUGAAGUCAAUUCUAGUUAUUUUGAUUUUGUACUGUCCAAGCGCAAAUAAUAUAAUAGUAGUAGUAAUGAUAAUAGUUAUUAUACUUGCAACAAUAAUUAUUAUUAUAACGAAAAUACUAAUAACAAUUCAAUUCUAGGAUGCUUAUAAUAAAAUUUACAUGGCCUGUUGGUUAACAUUACAUAGCUUUGUUGGUAGCGUCUAUAUAUAUAUUUUUUGGAUAAGUAAAAGAUUGGUGUCUAUAUAUAUAUAUAUAUAUAUAUAUAUAUAUAUACCCAAGCACCUAUGGAUUUAGAUCGCAUGCCCGCUCCAUUCAUCCUGUUCUUAUAGGGUGAGAGAGGUACCAUUAUUUUAAACUGGCAUAUCAAUGCUGCCAAGCCAUUUUGAGCUGGCACAUUUGGGAACAAUAUGGCGUAUGGGAGAUGUUGC